AUGGCCCUUCCCCGAGUAUUUGCAUCUCGCCUAAUGCAACAAACAGUUCGGCGCUACCACGGCGGACAUGACUUUAAGCCGCCUUCAAUGGAUGAGCUGCCAGUGCCCCGUGGUUCCUGGCAGGCUAAGUACAGUGCUGACCAACGACGUUACAAUGCCAUACUAGCUUUUGGAAUUGCUUUCUCGGUUUUCUCUUUUUCACUUGCUAAAGGUUCAGGACUUUUGUACUUCAACUAUGCCCCUCCCAAGUCUUUGGAUUAA